AUGGCAUUGCCGUUUCACAAAACAUACUUGUCAUUGUGUAUGUUAUUCGUAAUCGGGUCGGGGUUAUGGCCGGCUUCUUCUUCUUCCUCGGGUUCGAUCACAACGGAAGACGACGUCAGCAGCUACGUUCAAGACGCGUGCAGCGUGACGCGCUACCCGGAAAUCUGCAUCCACUCGCUUUCAUCGUAUUCAAACACGGCCAGAAAAGAUCCCUCCAAAUGGGCAAGAGCCGGCGUGUCCGUCACCAUAACCGAAGCCAAGGUGGCGGCUCGCUACGCCUGCCGGCUGAAAACCCGGAACUCCUCCCGGGGCAGGACCCGGGUCGCCGUAUCCGACUGCGUGGAGCUGUUUCAGGACACGCUCGAUGUGCUUCACAAUUCACUCUACGCGCUCAGGAACAUUACGUAUGAUUCUUCUUCUUCUUCUUCAUUAUCGUCGUCGGUUGUGGAGGAUAUUAUGACGUGGCUCAGCGCCGCCCUCACGAAUGAAGACACGUGUCUGGACGGGUUUAAUGCCGCCGGCAGCGAGGACUGGCUCCGGGGAAAGGACGCCGGAAAAGGGAUUCGGGGGCUCCGGGACAGGGUUUCCAAGGCGAGUUAUAUGACAAGUAAUGCGUUGGCUCUGGUCAACAGACUCGCAAGUUCCGGUUCCCGGAACUAA